AUGCAGGUGCGCCAAUCGCUGACACCGAGCCAUGGAUUCAGCGUGGACGUGGAGGGACCCAUCACCUUCCAGGAGGCAGCUGAGGGGUUUGGGCAGAAUGUGUUGCAGUUCGGGAAUGCCAGCGCUGGGGGGCUGAUCGUCGGGGCCCCGCUACAGACAGGAAACGUGAAUGAAACCGGCAAAGUCUACAAGUGCGACCCGGGCUCCAGAUGCUGCCAGGAGAUCCCCAUCCAGAGUAUCUGGCCCCAUGGUGCACCGGGCCUGUGGGGAGAACAUGUACGUCAGUCACUACUGCUUCCCUCUGCAGCAGAGCUUCUCGCAACUCCAGCGCAUCCCGGACACCAGCCGGAGUGCCCCAAACAUGUCACGGAUAUAGCGCUCCUCAUCGACGGCUCGGGCAGCAUCGCACCUGUGGACUUUGGAAAGAUGAAGACGUUUGUCUCUGAGAUCAUGAAGCGUUUCCGCAGCGCCGACACGCAGUUCGCCCUCAUGCAGUACUCCAAUACAUUUGAAUUGCACUUCGACUUCAUGGAGUACAUGAGAAGUUGUAACCCCGAUCACCUUGUCCCGGGGGUUGAGCAGCUUCAGGGAGGAACACACACAGCCAGCGCCAUCCGGGAAGUGGUGCGGGAGCUUUUCACCUCUUCGAAAGGAGCUCGGGGUGAAGCCACCAAGGUUCUCAUUGUGAUCACAGAUGGGGAGAAAUCUGGAGACCCGCUUUCUUAUUCAGACGCCAUCCCCGAGACUGAGAGAGCUGGAAUCAUCCGCUACGCCAUUGGGGUCGGCCAGGCCUUCUCCAGCGCUGCUGCCCAACGGGAGCUCCAGGAGAUCGCCUCUCAGCCCAGCAACGAGCACGUCUUCCAGGUGGACAAUUUCAACGCCCUCCAGGGCAUCCAGAGCCAGCUGCAGGAGAAGAUCUUCACCUUCAAAGGUUAUUCAUCUCAGGUCAUCACAGCCAAUGGGCAGAGGACCUACAUGGUUGGGGCCCCUCACUGCCAAAGCACUGGCAAAGUCAUCCUGUUCAGCCGAGAUACCAAGGGUGGGGAAUCGACACCCAGAGCAGAGCUGUUGGGAGAGCAGGACAGCUCGUAUUUCGGGAGUACACUGUGUGCUGUGGACCUUGACAGAGAUGGGAACACGGACCUGGUUCUAAUCGGAGCCCCUUUGUACCGUACACCUCUGAAUGGAGGACGGGUCUAUAUCUGCCCAAUUAACUUGCCGGGGACGACGAUGAUCUGCACCAAGACACUACAUGGGCAGACGGGGGAAGUGUCUGGGCACUUCGGGGCCAGCAUGUCUGAAAUCGGGGACAUCAGCGGGGACGGACAGACAGAUGUGGCCAUCGGGGCUCCCAUGGAGGAUGACAAUCAUGGGGCCUUGUACAUCUUCCAUGGGGAAAAGGGAGGCCUCAGUCCCCAGUACAGACAGCGCAUAGUGGGGUCACAGUUUCCCAGCAAGCUGCACUACUUUGGCCAGGCUGUCAGUGGCGGGACAGAUCUGACGGGGGAUGGACUGCCGGACAUCGCGGUGGGGGCACAAGGGCAGGUCCUGCUCCUGAGUGAGGCUGAAACGCCUGGUUCAAAGGACUUUGUGAAGCAAAUGAGUGAGCGCCCCCUGCUGGACUGCUCCGUGGCCACCUGUAAGAAGAUCCGGUGCAGAAUCACCUCCCUGGAAAUGCAGCAACCGCUGGAGUUUAUGAUCAAAGGGAACGUCAGCUUCCAGUGGGUCUCCCAGACUCAGCAGCAGAAAGUGAGUCUGGUGAGCGAGGCCCGGAUUGAAUACGAGGAGAAGAAAUACACCCAGAAGGAGGGAUUCAUCCAGCGCCAGAUGCAGACCAUGGUGGAGAGCUACAAGGUCUAUAACUACCUGCCCAUCAUCGUGGGCAGCAGCGUGGGGGGCCUGGUCCUGCUGGCUCUCAUCACCGCAGCCCUCUACAAGCCUUGCUCACGCAGAAGUUGGCAACCAGGUGUGGUCUCGAGAAAGGAAUGUGCCUCCCUGAAUUUGCAUUUAAUCUGAAAACUGUCAUCAAUCAGGGAGGGAAACAAAGGAAGCUCAAUCGUGUGAGGAAAAGCCAGCUGUGAACAUCCUUCACAUAAACUCUGUGUGUCCUAGUGCCCAGCUGGAAAUGUUUUUCAAGAGUGAGACUGAAACUAUAAAAAGGAGGGACAACCCCUCCUUCCCUGCCCAUGGCAUUCACUGCACCUGAAGAGAGACAGGAAGUAUUCACUGGAUGCCGAGGAAGAGGGCCUGACGUACACAGUUUGAUCUGGAAGGCAGCUGAAAGCAGGUGGUGAGAAACUUUGCUUGAAUAGGAUAUAAUUUAAGUUAGGCACCAGUAAAUGUUUCAUCUUUAUUUUCUUUGUAACCAUUUCUGACUUUUAUUCCUCAUUAGUUGGAUUCACUUCAAAUCUCUCUCUUUGUAGUUAAUAAACUUGUUUUAUUCUUUUAUCUA